GCUUCAGUGAAUCAUCACUGGGUGUGAAAGGAAGCAGGUAGGCAGAGAGUAGCCCACAGAGCUGAAAAGAAACUCAGAGGAGGGAAUCACGGAGGAAAGUGGCCAUGGACCUGCUCCCAAGCUUUUCUGUGGAAACCUGGGUUCUCCUGGCUACCAGCCUGGUGCUCCUCUAUCUAUAUGGGACUUAUUCACAUGGACUUUUUAAGAAGCUGGGGAUUCCUGGGCCAACACCUCUGCCUUAUUUUGGAAGUGCUCUGUCCUACCGAAAGGAUAUGUUGGAUUUUGACAAGGAAUGUUUUAAAAAGUAUGGAAGAAUGUGGGGGUUUUAUGAAGGUCGACAGCCUAUGUUGGCUAUCACAGAUCCAGAUGUAAUUAAAUCAGUGCUAGUGAAAGAAUGUUAUUCUGUCUUCACAAACCGGAGGCCCCCUGGUCCAGUGGGAGUUCUGAAAACAGCCAUCACUAUAGCUGAGGAUGAACAAUGGAAGAGAAUACGGAUGCUACUAUCUCCAACCUUCACCAGUGGGAAGCUCAAGGAGAUGUUCCCAAUCAUUGGCCAGAUUGGAGAUGUGUUGGUGAGGAACCUGAAGAAGGAAGCAGAGAAAGGCAAGCCCAUCAACAUGAAAGACUUCUUUGGAGCCUACAGCAUGGAUGUGAUUACUGGCACAGCGUUUGGAGUGAACAUUGAUUCCCUCAACAACCCACAUGAUCCCUUUGUGGAAUAUAGCAAGAAGAUCUUAAAAAUUAAUAUCUUCGAUCCAUUCAUUCUCUCAAUAUUGUUCUUCCCAUUCCUCACCCCAGUCUUUGAAGCAUUAAAUAUUAGUCUGUUUCCAAAAAGUUCUAUGAAUUUUUUCACAAAAUCCAUAAAAGGGAUGAAAGAAAGUCGCCUCAAAGAUAAACAAACGCAUCGAGUAGAUUUACUUCAGCUGAUGAUUAACUCCCAGAAUGCCAAAGAAAUUGACACUCAUAAAGCUCUGUCUGACUUAGAACUCGUGGCCCAAGGUAUUAUCUUUAUUUUUGCUGGCUACGAGACCACUAGCAGUUCUCUUUCCUUCCUCAUAUAUGAAUUGGCCACUCACCCUGACAUCCAGCAGAAGCUGCAGGAGGAGAUUGAUGCCACUUUCCCCAAUAAGAUGCCUCCCACCUAUGAUGCCCUAGUACAGAUGGAGUAUCUUGACAUGGUGUUGAAUGAAACUCUCAGAAUAUAUCCAGUUGUUGGCAGACUUGAGAGGGUCUGUAAGAAGGAUGUGGACGUCAAUGGGGUGUUUAUUCCCAAAGGGACAACAGUGAUAGUGCCAGUGUUCGUUCUUCACAACGACCCAGAGCUCUGGCCAAAGCCUGAGGAGUUCCGCCCUGAAAGGUUCAGUAAGAAGAACAAGGACAGCAUAAAUCCUUACACUUACCUGCCUUUUGGAACUGGACCCCGCAACUGCAUUGGCAUGAGGUUUGCUAUCAUGAACAUGAAACUUGCUCUUGUCAAAGUCCUACAGAACUUCUCCUUCAAGCCUUGUAAAGAAACACAGAUCCCCCUGAAAGUACUCACUCAAGGACUUACACAACCAGAAAAACCUGUUGUUCUAAAGGUUGUGCCCAGGGAUGGGACCUUAAGUGGAGCCUGACUUUCUCUAAGGAUUUGCACCUUGGUCUUCAAGGAAGCUGCAUCCCAGAACACCAGAGACUUUACUUACUUUGUGAUAAAACCAUUAAAUGAAGAUGGGCUUCACCUACUGCCCUUCACGGAUGACUAGGGGUUCCGCAUAAUCAUUUAGCUUCUCAGUGUCUCCCUGGAGCGUUAUCUAUUGCAGCAGAGAAAGGAGGUGACCAGCAAGUGCCAGAUACUCAGCCUCACGUGUUCUCGAAGGACCAUCUCCAUCCACCUCCAGUUAGUACCAUCUGCUCCUCCUGAGCGCUGAUCAGAAAGGAAAUUUCUCCACACUUUUAUCAACAGACUUUAAUGAAAAUAAGAAUUAUAGGGCUGACAACAGUUGAUAUUUACAUCACAGAUUUUAUUUUGAAUAUUCUAAAUUAAAUAUUAUAUUGAGAAAGUCAAUAAACAUCUCUUUACAAAAGUAUUAUCUGAUGCCUUUGUGCGCUUUAGGAGGAGUGUGUACAACUGAAUCAAGGAGAUUCAGGGACUAAAUGCUUUGGGCUAUCACCAUCCCUGGUGGGUGGGGCCUUUUUCAAAACUCCUAUUUGACAUAUGAAAUAGGUAAGAGUUAAUUGACUAUGACUUUGCCCAGUACUUAGAAAUCUAUCUUUUAUUUUUUUUUUUAUUAUUUUUUUGCGGGGUACACCAAGUUCAAUCAUCUGUUUUUAUACACAUAUCCCCGUAUUCCCUCCCUUCCUUGACUCCCCCCCCUCGAGUCCCCCCCACCCUCCCCGCCCCAGUCCUCUAAGGCAUCUUCCGUCCUCGAGUUGGACUCCCUUUGUUAUACAACAACUUCCCACUGACUAUCUAUUUUACAGUUGGUAGUAUAUAUAUGUCUGUGCUACUCUCUCGCUUCAUCUCAGUUUCCCUUUCACCCCCCGCCCCCUCCCAUACCUCGAGUUCUCCAGUCCAUUCUCUGUAUCUGCAUCCUUGUUCUUGUCACUGAGUUCAUCAGUACCAUUUUUAGAUUCCAUAUAUGUGAGUUAGCAUACAAUAUUUGUCCUUCUCUUUCUGACUUACUUCACUCUGUAUGACAGACUGUAGUUCUAUUCACCUCAUGACAUAUAGCUCCAUCUCAUCCCUUUUUAGAGCUGAGUAAUAUUCCAUUGUGUAUAUAUGCCACAUCUUCUGUAUCCAUUCAUUUGUUGAUGGGCAUUUAGGUUGCUUCCAUGUCCUGGCUAUUGUAAAUAGU